UUUCGUUUCAUGUAAGCCAAGGCCCUUGCUAUCAACAUGCACCAUUGUUAUAUGCAUAUUCCAAUGUUGAAGCAAGCUGUGUUUACAAUUCUUGGUUUUCAUAUUCCCACAGUUUUCACGCUUGGGUGAGCCGGGACAGACUGGCCCGUCUGCAGUGUUCUUCAGUCCAUAAUUUUAUCUGAGCUUGCGUAUGAUUUCCGGAUUGUAUUACAUGUGUAGGCCCGGACAGUGUGGGCCCUAGGUACACGCGUACAUGGCGUUUGCACUUCAUAGAUCACCGUGACAACACUGCCUAGAUCAAUUUUGCGUUGAAAUUCACUUAAAUUGGAGUCCUCUCACGUCAGCCCUGACGAAAGUUUUGCCAUGGAGGACUUGUCUAAUUUAACCACUGUUGCUUCAUUGUCGACAAGCUCCGGGGUGGAUGAUGCGUUGACGAGGUUGCUUGGAGAGCAAAAACCAAAUAUGGGAACAUCAAGCUGUUUUAACUCGUCGUAUGAACUACGUGACUGGAUCCAGUAUAGUCUAAUACCAGCCCUUACGGUCAUAAUAGUGUUUUCAUUUCUGGAUCCAAGAAAACGCCUCUGGCCUAAAUGCUGCAAAAUGAGGCCCAGCAUUGCAAGUCCUGCAAAUUUAAUCGAUUCCUACGAGGACCGUUGGUCAUUCGGCUGUGCCUUUGCGGCCAUGUCCACCUGUGUCAUAAUACUUUUCACGGGGGAAUGGUUUUUCAACCCCGAUUUAUCGGGUGUUCCGGAAAUGUUCAGAGGCACCGUCCAGAUAUUCAUCGUGAUAGUCAACGUGCUGGAAAUCAGCAUUGCCUACUACCCUCUCCUCCUCUGCCUGAGCACAGACCACGAAGUACUUGGAAACGCGAUUGGACUUAUUUACACGAUAGCCUGGGGGUAUUAUUACGUUGCAACGCGAGCUAACUGCCAGACAGAUGAUGGGCUCGAGACACGGGUGAUUACAGCUGUAUUAGGCCCCGUGUACUUCUGCUAUAUGGCCUUAUUUCUCCGCUUCAUCUAUGGGCUGUCCGUCAGUUUACGCCAGAUGUUUUGCCCUGAAAAAGAAUCCUCCGUUAACAUGGUGACGAUUGGUGGCGAAAGGGACGAUGAAUUUGCCAAGACACACUUCUACACAAGAGUAAAAUAUCUUCUGACCCCACCCAAACCAGGGGGUGAGGUGAGCCUCAGUGUCCGACUGCGCAGAAAAUUUAUUGAGGAUGCACCAGGCUUCAAGUUUUCAAGACGGUGCGUUUGCACGUUUAUUCUCAGCGCUCUGACGACGUACCAGCUUGGCCUGGUGUAUGUCAUGUCCUUAUCAAGUGUUUGGGAGUCGGCGAACCGAACGCUGGCAAUAGGUGGUGACCUGUACAAUAUUUUUGCCAAGGUCAAUGAAACCGAUGCGUUCCUUGGCCUCAAGACUUUCUUUGACAUAGCAGAGGACACCUUUUGGCCGACUUGUUACUUCGCUAUCGCCACAACCAUAGGGUACAGUCUACACAUGCAACUAUGCUACAGAAAACAUACACUUCGACUUUGGCGUGGCAACAAAGAUUUUUGCCCGAGCACACAGGCCAGUUUCAGCUCUCUUGUGGUCGCUAAUCUUCGGUUCACAGGCUACCACAUUGGUUUUUCAGUUUGGGGCUUUUUCAUCCUUCAAGUCUUGUCUUGGACUCUUGUGUUUUUCAUCGUUUACUUUAUCAUCUAUCCUCUCACGCAAGCUGCAGACACGCUGGUUUUAAGCCUUCUGAAGAAUUACUGGUUGAGUUUCUUGGUUGGUUUCGUCUUGUAUUACGCCCAGGUUUUCCUGUCACAGUUGGCGUUCUUGCAGAGUCAGAAAGACAAAAGCAAGAUAACGACAUACUUGAGUCUUGACAACAGGCGAGCCUACAACGUGACCGUCUACAUCACCCUGUUCAUGAAUGUUAUCCUGGGCCUGCUCUCCUGCCUGAUGCGGAUUUUCAAGGCGGUGUUCUUCGGUGUUUUGUUCAUUGGCCGCAUCGACCGCAGCACGUUAAUGCGGGGAUGGGAGCUAUGGGAUCCGGGUUUUAAGGCCUACAUCGGGUUCUUACAGUUGGAAGUGGCUCACACACAUCCUGUAGUCGUCACAUUUUGCCAUCUGCUGUGGAAAAGCAUCGAAUCUAAUAAAAAAUCCGCAUUGCAGCCGACCUACAAGACUUUCGAAGUAGUCGAAGAGGCCCAAGAAGAUGCCAAGAGCAACACGGGACACAGAGUGAUUUGCAAACGCGCUCGAAACCGCUGGUUCGUGGCCUUGACGCUCAUGCGCAACCGGGCGCUGACUGUCAGUCGGGUCCCUGUACUUCCCGAGCUGCAGCAGGUCAGGGAGGACACAAGGGACGCGACUGAUGAUAGCACGGUAAAGAUGCGGUGGUGGGAGGUCCGACCAGUGUCACAUCUGAGACUGAGCUGUGAAUCCAAUUACGUUCACCUCAGCGAGAUGAAUGAUCUGGAAGAUAACCCCGGACUCCAACGUCAACUCGAGGACGUCCUCCAGCCGGCCGUCCGCACCAGAGCCAGCCAUAGUUCCGCCGAAUCGUCCCCAAAAGAGACGGACUCGUUGCUCGAUGGGUAUACCAGACCGAGGGGAGAGUCCCUACGGGACACGCCUUCCACUAGACGGCCGGCGAAUGCUCGGAAUUCUGCAUCCGCUGUUUUUAAGCUGGAGAACGACUCACGAUCAGAGACGGAAGCGUGAUCGAGAUAUAACUUCUAGGUGUAAUACGCUUGAAAACCUUUUCAUGUUGCUGGCUUAUCUAAUCUACAGAUUAUGUUGGCAUUCGAUUCCGCGGGUUCUGUCCAUCAGGCACGGUCAAAUAAAAAAAUGUCGAACUGCCUAUUGACACGGCGUGCGUUUUGGUUUCUUUAACACAAGGGAGGGCGGUACUUCAGACAUGUGAAGGCAUUUGACUAUUUCGAUAAAAAAUCUUGCCUACACUAUGUGCUUUUUAAAAAAUAUUUGCCAACCAACUGAAGGUGACUUCUUUAAAGGUCUGCAAAUCUGCAAUAUAGGAUCCGAUGUUGACGCUGAAGUCUGAGGUGUUUGUUAAAUUGUACUCUUUGACAAAGGGUAGGCAUGAAAUGCUCCCAGAUCUUAUUCAGGGAACUUUUAGAAUCACACACUCUUUCAUGUUAACCUAUACCGCAUUAGUGGCGUGUUUGGAGGGUUGGACCGGAGAGGGGGGGGUUCUCCAGGGGCUAUUGCCAUUUUUAAAAACAUUUUCAGGAAUUCAAGGACCCAACAUUUCAUAACAGAUAUUACAUAUUUUCUAGGUAGGGAGGUUCUUUCACAAAUAAAUAAAUUCGAACAAUCGUUUCAGAAAAAAACACACUCUGUUCCCCGUUUGUUACUCAACCGUACCACGUCAGUGGUUUUUCAAAUUCAUGCAUACAGUGUGGGUUGCGGUCCGGUAAAGAUCUGUGAAUUAUCAUGGUAAUGUGUCCGAUGAUCACUUGAAAUAGAAACAAAUCUCUCGCCUGUGCUGUUGUGUCGACGUCUGUUAUGUCGACAUCUGUUGUGUCUGCUUAGUGCAAAUGGUACAUUUGAAGCAAGAUAUGGGACGGAGAGAACCCCCCUGCCUUUGUGUUGGUCAUUGUUUGAUCGGAAUCUCAGGA